UUAUUUAAUAUUAUAAUAUAAUAAUUCCUAUGACACAGGUUUAAAACAAAUAAAAUCCCAGUAAAAAUAAUUUUUGGGAUUAUAAUUUAAUACUAAACAAGAAAAUCUAUGAUGUAUUUGCUAAAAAUACAAAGUUUAAAAAACUAAUUUUUUUAUAUACAUUAAAAAAACAUAAUUUUAAUAUUUAGUUAAAUAGAGUUUGGCCAAUAAAAAUAUUUACUGUAGUUACAAAGUAUAUAAAUUUAAAAUAGUUUUAAUGAUUUUAUUUUAUUUUUUGUUUAUAACAUUUUAUAUUGUGAAACAAAAUAAACAUCCUAAUAUGAAACAGAAUGACACUUCCAAAGAUAUGCCCAAUUGAAGCAAAAGCCAGAACAGCUUUUAAAUUGCAAUGGUCUCUUCGGUUUUAUCCAUCCCUCCACAAACUUGUCUACUUCCACGAUUACCCAUCUCUGAUUCUGUCAAUUGCAAAUCGAAAAUCGUGUACUGUCUCUCCACAAGUGUCCGAGGAAGCUCCGUCAAGAGACAAUCCACGGCCAGAACUCGCAGUUUCACUGAGACAAAUCGUCGAACACCUUCCGUGCAAUCCAAACAUGAAUUCUGGGAAGAUCCAGAUGAUGGUAGCGACAGUGAAAACGAAUAUGAAGGAGAAGAAGAAGAUGGUAUUGGGAAUGAUUUAGAUAACGAGAGUGAUUGGGAAGAUGACUCGAGAGUACAAAAGCUUACUACUACAGACAACUACGAGGAAGAGCUUGCAAAAGAGGUUGAACAACUUCUUGAACCUGAAGAAAGAGUAAUUCUUCAGCAAAAUGAGAAACCAAAUCUCAAGAUGAUCUCAACAAAGAGUUGGAAGCCACUUCAGACACUUGCUCUGUCAAUGCAGAUUCAGUUAAUGGAUAAUCUUAUUGAAAACGGACUAGACAUUGAUGAUGUUGACAAGGACAACCAAACCGCUCUUCACAAAGCAAUCAUUGGUAAAAAAGAAGCGGUGAUUAGUCAUCUUUUGAGGAAAGGAGCUAAUCCGCAUCUUCAAGAUCGGGACGGUGCAGCUCCGAUUCAUUAUGCAGUUCAAGUUGGAGCCUUGCAGACUGUAAAACUACUAUUCAAGUACAAUGUAGACGUCAAUGUUGCAGAUAAUGAAGGAUGGACUCCGUUACAUAUAGCUGUACAAAGCCGAAAUCGAGACAUUACAAAGAUAUUGUUGACCAAUGGUGCUGAUAAAACAAGACGAACAAAGGAUGGGAAAUUAGCUUUGGACUUGGCUCUGUGCUUUGGAAGAGAUUUCAAGUCAUAUGAUCUGGUCAAGCUAUUGAAGAUUAUGCCCACCGGGGAUAUAUAGAAAGAGCUGGUGAGAUUUUGAAUGAUCAGGUUGAGAUUACUAAACUGCAUUUGCCAUUGCUUGGUUUGAUUGUAAUCUACACCGGUAUAAGUGGUUAAGGUAGAAGAAACCCGAUUGAGUUUGUAAUUACUGCUUUUAUAUAUUCGUGGAUGAACUUGUUAUUCGGGUGUGUGUAUCAUAAUGUGCAUAACAAAGAUACACAUUGUUAUGUCAUAUAUAUUAAAUUACAAGCAUUGCAAGAUUGUGC